AUGAGACCUGGUGUAGAUGCCCGGAGGGGAGAACGAUGGAGACACACCCAAUUCACCUUGCAGUCCCCAAAGGAAAUCUCCUGGAUCGCAGUUCUCGAUGGCCAUCGACCUUCAGUUACCCCUGCUGCCGGCCAGCGAAUUCCCCCCCUUUUCGAUUUUAUCAUCGCAGAUCGCGAUCGCCAGAACCUUAACCUUGCUAUAGCCAAUCACGGUCGCGGACUUGUCACGUUCUCGCGAACUCGCCAGAUCCAGCGUGCCGAUUGUCGACGGACGAGACUCGAGAGGGAGCCAACCCUGGCCGGCCUGCGUGUCCGGCUGCGACGACGACACGGCCGCUCCACUGACGGGCUGCGGUUGGCGCACAUGGCGACUCUCUGCCCCGGCAGGUGA